UUUGAGAUACUGAUUCCAGGAGUCUCCUCGACCUGGAAUUAAGAACCGAGAAAAGGAUGUUGUCAAGACCCCUCCUCCAAAGAAUGACCUUUCUGGCCAACAUACUGGGACUACUACUCACCCCCCAACCCACCCCACAUCAGGAUGGAAAUCUGCACAGACUACAGGGUGAAUGAGUGACCCGCUGACUCUCUAUCUUACAGCCCCAGCUGCUCGCUAGCUCACUCAUUCUCCCUAUUCUCCGUCCUCCCUCCUCCACCCCUCCCCCCACCUCCUUUCAGGAAGCCUGGCUCACCCAGGAAGCGAGGCUGCCUGAGAGCUGAAAACCCGAGCCUAGGAGCCUAGCCGAGAAUCGGUGCGGACCAGAACCCCUGUUUGGUACUCCCCUAGUGCACAUGUACUAGCCCGGCUCCCCUGCAAGAGGGAGCCAGUCUCCACGGAGCAACGGAAGAGCGGGGAAGAAAGGCAGAAGCGCGAGAAAGCAAGCUGUGUUCCAGCCGCCGAGGGUGGAAAGAACCGCAAGCCUGCAGCAGGAACUUAUGAUACCUUUGACAUGUAUACACUGAGUCAGGAACUCCUGUGCUAGUCAACUCAAGACAAACACAAACUCAACUGAAGCCAAGAUCAAAGGUGGCAGUCCUACUACAAGCCUUGGAUGCAAAUUCUGCUGCUGGUUAGAGUCCAUUAAUUGAAGUAACUACCAUGGACUUUGUUAUGAAGCAAGCCCUUGGGGGGGCCACCAAAGACAUGGGAAAGAUGUUGGGGGGUGAGGAGGAGAAGGAUCCAGAUGCCCAGAAGAAGGAAGAAGAACGGCAGGAGGCCCUCAGGCAGCAGGAGGAGGAACGCAAAGCCAAGCAUGCUCGCAUGGAGGCAGAGCGGGAAAAGGUCCGGCAGCAAAUUCGAGACAAGUAUGGCCUGAAGAAGAAGGAAGAGAAGGAGGCUGAAGAGAAGGCUGCCUUGGAGCAGCCAUGUGAGGGCAGCCUGACCCGCCCCAAGAAAGCCAUUCCAGCCGGUUGUGGGGAUGAGGAGGAGGAGGAGGAAGAGAGCAUCCUGGACACCGUUCUCAAGUACCUACCUGGGCCUCUCCAGGACAUGUUCAAGAAGUAACCCUGGCCCAACUCCAUCCCAUUCUCAACAGUCCCACUUUUGUUUUUAAUUCAUUUUUUUCCACUUUCCAUUCAGUAUGAAUUUUGAAGGGCAAACCUCAUUUGACCUCACCCCCCCACCUCCACCCCUCAUGGGACCCAAGCCCCUCAUCUUUGGCCGGAAACUCCCAGGGCUCCCCACCCUGUUCAGUACUGUCCCCUGACCCACAGUGCCCCAGGCCUCUUGAGGAGCCCUAGGGAAAGGAGGCUGCUGGCCUGGGCUGAGGGCCAGAAACUAGGACCAAACCAUUGAUGACCUCAGGAGAGGCCCGGGAUGUGCUGAAGUGGGAGGAAAGGCCUGACCACUGAGUCCCACAUGCACACACUCCUCCCGAACCUCUUCCUACCAGGAACAUUCCUCAUGCCUCGAGCAUGAUCUCCACUGCCAGAGAGAGGGGAGAGGGCAGGCCAGUGGGCCCUAGGGGAAGGACUCAGAGGAGAGGAAGGUCAGGUUGCCUAUUCUUCCUCCUCUACUCCCCUAGAGCUCACUGGAGCUCUAAGCCCCGUUCCCCAACCCCAAUGGGUCAAAACUCCCAACACAUUCCAGCCCCGCCCAACAGAGCACAAAGAUGGUCAGCUCUGGACCCUUCGAUAGGGAGCCCAUCAGCCAAUUCCAGAAAAAAAGUGGAGCAGAUCUCUGCUCCUUGAUCUCUCCCUAGGCCUCCCCAAUCUCACUUCAAUACUAGGGACUCAGCCCACCAUGGUAAGAACAGCUCCUCCCAGCCUCAGCCCUCCCUGUUCCUGGCUAGACCUGGGAGUCUCAAGGAAGAUCAUUUGGUUGUGGGAGGUAUCAUUAGAGUCUCAGUCCCCAGCCCUGUCAUCACUGGCCUGGAAAGGCCCAGAAGUAAGUACAGGAGGAUCAGAGAAGGGCCUGGGCCCUAACCAAAGGAGUAUUCUGGAGUGUUGAAGGGUCACUGGGUAGAAUCUGGGCAGGGUUCUGCCAACAAGGUUGACUCCCAUUCCCACAAAUAUGGCAGCCUGUCCUUUCCCCUGUCAGUGGAGCAGAUCUUCCCACAGGGCACUAAAAGGUUGUCCCUGUGACAACAAUGUACCCCGGGAAGCCUCUACCUUCCCCUCACAUCCUAAGGGCCACUGUGGAGCCUGAUCCCUUCUCUCCUAAAAAGACAUGCUGGGUCCCAGCCCGGAGUCCUCCCCCAAUAGGGCAGCCCCUUCCAAAUCUGUAUCAAUCGCUGGAGCCAUUGGGCAGCAUCAAUCCUCAGCCAGAGAACACCCAGUGGAGAGGAGAUGCUGCUCCCAUUCCUACCCCCACGCCCACCCCAUCCAGGCGCUUCCAGGGCCCUGAGCGGAAACACGUCCCCCCGAAGGGCUCCCUAUAAGCAGGGCUCAGGCUGAGGCACCGAGGGCAAGCUCGCCUAGUCUUGCCCUGGUCCUGUGGGGAAAGUCCGCCCCAGCUGAACUGCUGCCUUUUCAUUCCGGCCAAGGAUCUGUCUGCCCAUAUGCUAAGCCCCAAAGCAGGCAUCUGUCCGUCCAUCUAUCAGUCUGUCUUGUGGCCAGGAAAAAUUUCUCCUCUCAGAUGCGCCAAGGAAGCCCUGCCCGCCCUUACCCGUACUGGCCCCCCACCAUUCGAGGACUCCCGGGGCAGGGAGGCUGGGAGCGGGAAAGUAUGGAUGAAUGGGGGCGGAUGCAAGAUGGCUAUGUCUCUAGUUGGGCGGUGUGAAUGUACGUGUUAUAAAUAUGGAUGUGUAUGCAUGUGUCAAAGAUGGCAUGUGUGUUUGGGAGACGACUCUUUGUGUAUUAGAGACGGCUUUAGAGACUACAAGAAUGCUAGGGAUCCGAAUAUGUAUAUAUAGAGACUGUGUGGGUGGGUGUUUUAGAAAGGGUGUGCUAGGGAUUGUGUGUCUGUAUUAGAGGGACGCGCGUGUGUGAGAGAUUACCUGUCAAAAAGGGUAUUGUUAGAAGAUGUUUGUGUGUUAUUACAGGCGUGUGAGUGUGUGUGUGUGGAAACGCAUGUGUGACACGGCAGGCAGGCUGGGUGACUUCGAGUGCUAGCAGGACUUGGAAAUGUCUCCCCAUCCUGCCCCCGACUGGCCAUCCCCUGCCCCCUGCCAUACCCAGAGCAGAUGUGAGAGGAGACAUUUUUCCUACAGCCAAGACCCUCCUUUCCCCUAGGCUCCCUGAGCCAAGCCUUGACCGCCCUCCUCCCUCACUGGAUGGGAUGGGGAGAAUCCUGUUUGGGUCCUGGGAAGCGCUGGGCAGCUCAGACUGGUCUGGGCGGCCUCGGGAACACGACUGCCCUUUGUCCCUCUAUCAGAGAAGCCAUGCUGGUUACGGGGUGGGAGAGGGAGAUGCCUCAAAGAGGGUUGCUACGCCCGCCCCUCGCCGCCCCACCGCCACCACCACCACUUUUCACCAUGGCCCCAGUUUACAAACUGGGGUGUUUCAUUUUAGAGAAUUUUUCCUUUAAUUUCAAAAGAGAAAGCAGCUCACGUCGUGUCUUCUCUGUCCGUUUCCAAUAGUUAAAGCCAUAUCAGUUAGACUGCAAUACUUUAAAGCUGAGGGGGAAAAACCAUAGAUUUAAGAAAAUCAGAAAGGGAGUUUUGUUCAUCCCCUCUCUCCUGGGGUGAUCUGUCUCUCCAGCCUCCAGGUCUUCCUUUCCCCCCGACUCCCGAAUCUUCCCCCGCCUCUUUGUGCCCCAAUCUCUGGCCCCUAGGGUCAUGUACUUGUGAGUGUGUCCAUGUAUGUCUCUGUAAUGGGGGACACUGAACCCCCUCAACUGCUGUAUCACCCCAUUGUUGUCUCUGCUUGUCCAUGGUCAUUGGAGUAAGAUGGUUACCCUGCAAGGUCUUAUGGGGCCAAGAGGUGAAGGGUAAGCAGGGGAUAAAGGGGAUAGACCUUGAGCCAUUUACCUCUCUUGAGAGAAAGCUAAUGGUUCUUGUCAUCUGUCAUCACCACAAGUUCCAGGGAGCAAUAUCAGAGGUUCCUCUGACUUCUGGGGACCAACCCCAAUGUAUGUAUCUUCAGGAAAAGAAAGAGGAUUGGGAAUUCCCAGCCAAAUGUAGGGUCUACAGACAUGCAAGGAGAUGCCCACUUACAGGAGGUCUAAAGACCCACAAAGGAAUUCCCAGACAGACGCACAGGGGGUCUGCAGAAAUACAAAGGAAUUCCCAGUUGUACAUGUAAAGAGAAUCCAAGUCACACAGGGAGUCGACUGACACAUAAGGGGAUUCCCAGGAGUACAAAUGGGUUUGAAAUAAGGAUGGGGGGGAGAAGAACUGGAAGAGAAAAAGAAAAGGUCUGCAAACAUAUGUAAAGAAUUUCUGGGUUCAGAAAAGCUUAGUGGAAGGGAUCCCUAGGACCUUUAGCUGCUAGGGCCUUCCACUUUGGAGGGGACUAUCUAGACUCCCAAAGUACUCCCUUCUCCCCUCCAGGGCACCAGACUGCUCAGAGGUAACUGGAAUUGGGCCCCUGAAGGUAACUAGUUCUCCACUAAGACCUUUCCACAUACAUACUAGACCUCCUACAAGUUCAGGACUUUACCACUAGCUGCCCUGGGAGGCCCCAUCACCCCCAAGGUGCUGGCUUCCUUGGGGACCACUCCUAAGAAACAGAAGAAAGGGGGGACUAUUCCCACAGGGUCGAAAAGUGUAACUAAUUCCUGUCAAGCUCUGUCCGAUCCCCGCCCCCCCAGUGGGCAGGUGGAGGGGGAUCUGGGGAUGCUGCACAGCACUGGGCCACUGGAAGGGAGUAGGAGCUCGGUGGGGGAUAGCGCUCGGUGCAUGAGAUAAGAAAUGUGAUGUAUGUGUCUGUCGCUCUCUCCGACCCCACAGCUGAGUGUAAGCACUACCUAGAGAAGGCGUGUGAUGCGGUGGAAGGGGGCGAUCCGUAGAGCGCGGUCUGAGAGGUUCUCAUUCAGUGCAGGGCCCAGCAGAUUGAUGGGCAGGGGGUGGGAGACCCAGGCUAGUGGGGGGCGGGAGGGUGAGUUCGUGGCACCCUGUUGGGGGGCAGGGACUAGCUUGACACAAACUGAGUGUAGCUUCCCUGCACAGAUGAGCAAUGAGGUAGAAUCUGCUGACAGGGCAUCGUGUAGGUAAAUGGGAAAAGAGAAAGAGAAGAUGUGCCGCCAUCCAUGGAAAUCUGUGGGCACUUGAUAAUGGAGAAUGUGCAGUAUGCAGGAUCCCCACCUGGGAAGGCUCAUCAGUGAUUCAGGCACCAAGAAGCGCUAGCAGAAGGGGAGGUAGAGAUAGUAUGUGUGCGGAAGGAGAUGUGUUCAGAGCAAAGGCAGAACCUGAGGGAAAGCCCUCGCCCGCCCUCCUUCCCGGCCAGCAACAGUCAGCUGAGAAGGACAAAUAAAGGCCAUCUUUCUCCAACCCCCCAGACCUCCCACUUGGUUCUUAUCUGAAAGUUGCCAUAUCUGAGAUGUGAGGUAUCCGACCGAUCCUGGAAAUGCAGGAUCCCAAUGCCAUACUUCCUUAGGCAAUAAACCUGCCCCUGGCAACUUGGUUCAUGAGAUCCAAUACAGAGAGACAAGGACAGAACAGCCGGGCUGAUACCAUACCCUGCCCUUAAUCCAGAUGGAGACUCACUUCUCUAGGACUAAGUGGCUUGUGAGUGGCUCUGGCUCCAGGAAGCUGGGAAGCAAAAGGGAGAUCUCAGGAGACAGUUUUAUAGGCAGGCGUAGCCUCUCUAUUCAUUGGGUCCAUCUGGAAGCCGGGGGCAGGAACCUAUCCCUCCAUAUCUAGACCCUCUACCUCCACCUUCCCCAGAGGCCCCAUAGCCUUGGUCCCGGGGGGAAGAAGUGGGGGGUGGGGGGCCCUUAGGCCAGGCCGAGUGACCAUCUUGCUUUCCAUCAACCUCAGAGACAAUCCAACCCCCAAUCCUCAUGUGUGUAAUUGUGUCCUUGUGGCCCCGCAUCCCCUGAAUGUGUCAGUGCCUGGGGGGAGGAGGGCUCUCUCCCACCCCCUGAAUCUGACCUAAAGCCAUGGCUGCCGCUCCCCCCAUCCCCAAUCCCAACUUUGUAUGACGCAAAAGCUAACUACGGAUGUACAAAAUCAACUGCGACCAAGAAAAGACAUUGUACAGCUCUCCA